AUUGGGCGUAACUGAGGAAAUGCGUCAGCACAUCAAGUUGCAGCUGCUUGGCACGCUGCUGUUUAGCGCGCUGCUGGGCUAUCUGGGCUCCUCGGUGGCCUUGGCGAAGCCAACGCUGUCGUUUAGCCUGCCGCACGGCCUGCAGGGAUUCCCCUCGUUUCAGUCGUUCACCCAGCAGAUCAUCGAGCAGCGCAGCUUGCGUCAAAUGAAGACGUACAGUGGAAAGCGCGUUAGCAACGAUUCGCUGAUUAUGAUAUACUAUCACGAUCUGACCAUAGCCGUCACUGAGCUGGGCCCACAGAAGCUGCUGCUCGGCUGCGAGCUGAUCGAGAUCUACAACGAGAAGGAGGGCAAGAUGCUGCUCGAUGGCCUCGCCCAGUACAAUCGACCGCUGGAGAUCAAGUUCGAGGAGAUGCUCAAGCUGAUGGAUCAGUGCGAGCACGUCGACAAGUUGAGCUACGCCUCCAGGCUCAAGUACAAGUCCAGCGACCAAGGCACCGAGCGCAGCAGCGGCAGCGAGUCGAGUGCUAGCGCGUCGGCCAAUGGCAGUGCCGGUGGUGCAGCGGGUCAGGAUGGCGUCACGCUCAAGCUGGCCGCGAACAUCUUUCCGCGCAGCCCCUUCUCGCUGCUAAGCGGCAUCAUACCAGGCACCAAGUGGUGCGGCACUGGCGACAUUGCCGAAACGUACAGCGAUCUGGGCAGCGAGAUGGAAAUGGACCGCUGUUGUCGCCAGCACGAUCUGUGCCCCGUCAAGAUACGCGCCUACCAAAACAAAUACGAGCUCAUGAACGACUCGCUCUACACAAAAUCUCACUGCAUUUGCGAUGAUAUGCUCUUCUCGUGCCUGAAGAUGACCAACACGUCCGCCUCGCAGCUAAUGGGCUCCAUUUACUUCAACCUGGUGCAGGUGCCCUGCCUGGAUGGACGCAGCAAUCAAUACAAGUUCCGUGCGGCCAAAGAGGGUUUCUAGGCGGAACUUUAGCAAAAGUUUUUCAUAUUUGACUUCGCCCUCUUUUGUUCUCUGUCGUCUCCUUGUUGUUAUACCCUGCAGCCAUAGCGAGUGUGUAUUGAGGGUGAGA